UGCUAGGAUAGGAGAUUAACGGGUAACGUCGCCGGUCAUCAUCGCUCUGCCGAAUUUUUUUCUCCUCAAUUUCUCCCAUCUCCAACCAACAUUGAUGACAACAUCGCCAACUUCAUUCGCGUCUUUUCUCUCUUUCGCCAUAUUCCCAUAGUACCAAAUAUUGACUGUGCCAUCUUCUAUCGCACAGUCAUAAGAUUAUUACCCCCUAGUUUCUCUUAUACUACUUUAUGCAACAAGAGCUUCCCGAAGUAUCAACACAGAUUCAACAGGACAGCACUUCUCAAUCCCCUAAAUCCCUCCAUCAACAUGGCCUUCAGCACCAUGGUCAAAGUGGCCCAACCCACUACUCUCUGCAGCAACCGCAGCAGUUGUCCGAUGGCAGGUCGUCAAGCUCAGAGCGGGGUGACACCAGCAACUGCGUCGCUGGGGAGGGCAUUGAUGCAGUUUCCCUCCAGGAACGACUGCGCGGAUUGAGCAACACCAAUGAAAAAUUAAACGCGACGCAAGCUUUUACUCCAGGACAAAGAAUUUCGGAAUAUGAAAAUGCAUUGACACCCGCAAUCCCCAGACAAGCCAUGGGAUUCAAGGUCAUUAAACGCGCCGGCGCGCGUUCCGAUGGUGUUCAACUUUCAGAUUUCCCUAAUGAAAUUCUGACGCACAUUUUGUCCCACUUGCAUCCCGACUCGCACGCCUCUGUCGCAUUGGUAUCGAAACGAUUCUACUCUCUGGUCACUUCAUCUCACGCAUGGCGCAUGGCCUUCCAACGAUACUUCCCUGGGCAUAGUGCAUUAAUCACCAAUGGUAAACACAAGACCGGAGUGUGGGACGAAGAGGAUUCGGAAUUUGUGCGCUCGGAAGUGCGCUUUUUCACGCGCCUAACGCCACAUGCUUCUUGGCGCAGCGAAUAUCUUCUAAGGACUCGACUCCUUCGUAGUCUUGCUAGGGGCAAGCCAGGAACGACCUCCGGAGGUAUCGGAUCCUCUUCUCGAUCCAGCCAAUCCGGCAAGAAGGCUAGCGCAGUCUUGACCUAUAACACUAAGCUCCCAUCCCCAGUCACCAAUAUCCAUGCCGUUUUCAAAUCCAAUGGGAAGAAGCCGCCCCGAGCGAUCCAUGGGGCCGCGGAUAUGGGAAUCGCUAGUACCAGCGACCCUACUAGUGGUAAGGUCGAGAAAUGGGGCUUGGAUAGUCCCUUUAACUUUGCUCAGCUUAGCGAAGUUGUACCGCAACUUAUGCCUUAUGGUGAAGGCGAAGGACCUGCAGCUGUUCCCAAUGUCAUGGACGUUAGCCAAGCAUUUGGGUUUCUUGGCGGAGAAGGAUUUCCUGGUGGCCGUGUCUUCUACCGUUCCAUAAGUGAAUAUCGGGGCAAGUAUCUGGGUCAAGAAAAAGGACUUAUUGAGGCUUAUCCUGACAUCCCGAAGAUCCCUGAGCUCUCAGAAGGCAUCUGUUCCGUUUGGAUUGCCAAGUCAAAUACUGUCCCCUCUUUGACCCAGUCUUUAGUGGGAAUGAUGACCGGAUCUUCAUUGGGUGUUGUCACCACAUACGCGCUUGGUUACGACCCUACUAGCAUGCGAUACCCCGCAGGUGAGAUGAGCGCGCGUUGGGUACUCAGCCCAGGAGUCCCCAUUAUCGCGCUCAAGAUUGACGACAACUACAGCCAAAAGCGUAAGGCGCUUGGGCGUGUGUGGGCAGUCGCUCUGAAUGCAUUGGGCGAAGUAUACUACUUAACCCAACCACCCACUGCACCCGCUAUCAAGUCGAAGACCGAUGACAGUGUUAAACUCGCAUGGCAUACUGGUCGCACAACUUGUUGGCAACUAGUGGAGUCCACGCGACGCCGAGCGCGUCCGGACAAUUCAGGCAAGAAUGCAGUCCGCGGUGCUUAUUCUCCAAGGUCCCCGUCUAACAGCAUGGGCCUGACGAAGGUGCAGAUGUGUGCGGAGGCUCGCGAAAUAGAAAAGUUCCUCCGCUAUCAACCGGCCCGCUUCCGCAAGGUAUGUUAUGGGUGGAAUAUGUGCCGGAAACUAGAAGUGGAUUUCGCGAGUGAUGACGAAAAUGGAGCUGGCGAAAGCAUAUUUAUCAUUGAAUGCGGAGACGAGUAUUACACUCCGGCUAUUAGACGAUUACGUCGAACUGUUACGGACCAGAGUGAAUCCUCCACUGAAGCUGUUCCCAGCGAAGAGAUCCCAGUGGAGGUGACCCCACCUACUCCGGCUCCCUCCAUAUUUGGUGGCAGUAGUACCAGAUCAGCUUCGCCGAAUUCUUCUAGUUCACCGUUACUGAAGCAGGUACUAUCGACUUCAGGAAAGAUAUCCUCACCUAAUGUGACCACCCCUGCGAAGACUGUCCUGGACGACUGGUAUCAGACGAUCUUCCACUCGAAAGAAUUCAAUCACUCGCAGAUAACUACAAUCGGCGUAGACGCCUCCCAGCUUGCUCUUGUCACGUCUUUUGAGGAUCCUCUGAAGAAUGCAGUUAAUUCGGCUUCCGUUGGUUCAACUCCAACAAAUCAGAUGCCAUCAGAUAUUCCCGGCAGGCGAGCGAGACUAUUUGGAAUUGGCACGAGUAAGGGGAAGGUUGUGCUCUGGAACAUGCGGGAACCCCACACUAAUGAUGAAGUGUACCCCAUCCGAGUUAUUCAAACAGAAUCCCCACGAAUUUCAAGCUUGGCUCUCUCGGCCCUUUAUCUUGUUCAUGGUGGAAGCGAUGGACUUGUUCAGGCUUGGGAUCCUCUUGCGUCUACUUUGGACCCAAUUCGCACAAUUAACUCGCGCCCUCCGAAUCGACUGCCUCGUCAUGUGCCUAUCCCAAACAUAUACAACCCGGCGGUCGGAGCUAUCUAUUUAGACCCUGACCCGACUGUCCUCCAUGGAAUAGUGUCCUUUGGAACUUUAGUGCGUUACUGGUCCUACAGCUCUUCGGAUCAUGCGACGGGUCGUAAGCGCCGAUCACGUCACUCUGAGAUUCACGGCCGACGCUCUAGUAGACGUCACGGCGGUGGUGUUCAGGGCUAUAUUGAUGAUGAAGCUGAAGAACUUCGCAAUGAACAGCAGCACAAAGCACGAGAACAAGCUCGCCUUCGUUCUCGUUUCGGAGUUGGUUUGGGUGAACUGACGGAAGAGGAAGCGAUUCGCUACGCUGAGAUGAUAUCUCAGGAAUCUUUCCUAGUUGAUGAACAGCGUCGGACUAGCGCUAGCGACACUGGUUCUGCUGCGGACUUCGAUACUACCUGUAGUUCUGGUAGUACGGUUACUCCCGAUCCUAGUGUGACCGGGCCGAGCCCUCUUGCGACUAGUUCGAGUGCGCCGAAUGAGGCAGCAGAUGAGAGCGACUAUGAACUUCAGAUUCAGGCCGCUAUUCGCCUGUCCCUUCUCGAAAGUGGUAACGACGCGGGUGGAUCACCGGGAGCUAGCGGAUCUGGAGAGUAUGAUAUUCCGAUUACGAUCAAGGAGAAGAAGAGCAAGAGAUCUGACACUAGCUCACCUUCAUCAAGUCAUACGCCUAUUGUCAAGCGAGCUGAGUCACCACCGAAAUCGGUUGCGACUGGUUCUAAAUCCGUCGCAGACGAUGAUUUGGAGUUUGCGCUGCAACUUAGUCUGGCAGAAGAAGAGAGCAGAAAGGCAAGCAUGGCUGCUCUAGAAGAUGUGGAUGCGGAUCAGGAGUUUCCUACGCUUGGUGGAAGUGGUCUCGGAAAAGGCAAGGGGAAGGCUAUCUAAAGUAGCAACACUUUUUUUUCUCCAGGGGAAGUUGUGAAGUUGAGUUAAGUAGAUAAUGGUUUGUUGCUGGUUCUCUUCUCGCCCGCUGUUUCGGGGCUUAAUAUGUUGGUUUGUUUUCGCGGUGUGUUUAAUGGAAGAUUAGUACUAAAUUUCGAGUUCCAUUUGAAGAAUUGGGCUUUUUAGUGAGCUAAUGUGCUGUAUCAUAAGCUAUAAGCGCCGCAAAGGUUGCGUGUAGGCUGUAUUGGUAGUUGAGCAAUCCCUAAAUAUGGUACGCCACGCUCCCUAUAAUGCUCCCUAUAAUGUCCGCUAUAUACCCCGCAAUACUCGCCUAUAUGGGUGAAGCUAUAGGGGGACUAGUGGGUUGAGCCUUCAGGCUUAACCUGCAGUAAAGAGUGGGAAAAUAGGGGACACUGAUGGGCUUAGUAGUGAACCUUUACUUAACAAUUAAUAUCUACCCUCAGUUAAUGUACCUUCUGAAGGGUCCUGGGCGACAACAAUGAACUAAAUCUGUGUUCCGCUUCUACCUAGGUAGAUACCCAGGCUGCUAGGACCCCCUAAUAGCC